ACCUGAAUCGGUACACCUUCGCAUAAUAGACUAUGGCGUCAGCUGGAUACUGGUUCGAAUCUCCUUGGGUGCACACUUCUUCUCCUGACUUGGAUAUUUUCCCAUGGACACAAUGUGUGUCAGUCCUGAGAACACCUCUUGGAGUCGAUCCUAGAAAGAACCUUGUGACACGUCCAUCGAAUUACCCAUCCUGGCCACAAGAGGUUCCCAGUAAAGGGUAAAUUCUGUGG